GUCGUGACCUCUGGGUGAUGGUGGUGUCCGCCUCGCCCUACGAGCACAUGAUCGGCAAGCCGGACGUCAAGUACGUGGCCAACAUGCACGGCAACGAGGCGGUGGGCCGCGAGCUGAUGCUGCAUCUCAUCCAGUACCUGGUGAACAGCUACGAGACGGACCCCUACAUCAAGUGGCUGCUGGACAACACCCGCAUCCACAUACUGCCCUCCAUGAACCCCGACGGCUUCGAGGUGUCGCGGGAGGGCCAGUGCGACGGCGGCCAGGGCCGGUACAACGCCAGGGGCUUCGACCUCAACAGGAACUUCCCCGACUACUUCAAGCAGGCAGGGGAUCGGAACAACAAGCGAGGCCAGCCUGAGACGGACGCCGUCAAGGAGUGGACCUCCAAGAUCCAGUUCGUGCUCUCUGGUGGUCUCCACGGCGGCGCCUUGGUCGCCAGCUACCCCUUCGACAACACUCCCAACUCAAGAAUGUGCCGAUCCACCCCACUGUGUUCAGUGUUCCAAAACUACGCGUCGACGCCGUCGCUGACACCCGACGACGACGUGUUCAAGCACCUCGCCAUCACCUACUCGUCGAACCACCCAGUCAUGAGCCGCGGCGUGGCCUGCAAGGCCGGCACUCCCGCCUUCAACCGGGGCAUCACCAACGGCGCCGAGUGGUACCCGCUCACCGGUGGCAUGCAAGACUUUAACUACGUCUGGUACGGCUGCAUGGAGGUGACCCUGGAGCUGUCGUGCUGCAAGUUCCCACCCGCGUCCGAGCUGCCCAAGUUCUGGGAGGAGAACAGAGUGUCGCUGGUCAAGUUCCUGGCCGAGGCGCACCGCGGCGUGCAUGGCUUCGUCAUGGACGAGAACGGCAACCCCGUCGAGAAGGCCGCCCUUAAGGUGAAGGGGCGCGACGUCGGCUUCCAGACCACAAAGUACGGCGAGUUCUGGCGCAUCCUGCUGCCCGGAGUCUACAAGCUGGAGGUGUACGCGGAGGGCUACCUGCCCCGCGAGGUCGACCUGAUGGUUGUGGAGCAGCACCCAACGCUGCUCAACGUGACGCUGCACCCCGCCAAGCGCAACGAUAAUCUCUACCGCCAUCCCACUGUGGGAGACCGACUUGGACCUGGCCCAAGCCCCUCCUACCAUAGCCAACAUAGUUCACCACACACCAAUAAACCAGCGUCCGACGGCGGGAUUUUCUCCAGCAUUACAUCGGGCUUCAACAACUUUGUCAGCAACAUUUUCGGAUGAAGAGACUCACGGGCGUAAGAUGGAUUCAGCCAAAGACAGAGACUACUAUUCUAUUCAGCAGCUCCUACUCAAAAGUGUUUCAGAAAUCUAAUCUUAGUUGCAGUUGAGUCUAGAAAUGUCUCAAGAUUCAUAAACUAUGUAACUAACGGUAAUAGUGAAACUGAGUACCAACAGGUUCCAUAUGGAGGUUUGCAUUGGACAAGGAGAAGUGUUUUCCAACCAAGUAAAUUGAAGAUGGUAGACGUCUUUAUGAGUUAAAAUAAUUAAAAUAAACAAGUCUAGAAUUUUUGUUUUUCAGAACUUAGACCACUGGUGAAAGCUGAGCAAAUUCUGAGGAAAACAUCUGCAUAUUUUUGUUGCUUUCCUUAACUGCUUUAGACUGCUUGGUUUUCCAAAUUUGCACGUUUUCACAAAAAAGA